UGAAGAUAUGAAAGAGCAGACACAGGGAAAAUGUAGAGGGAGACGAUGAUCCGUCUCAAAGAAGACCCCUGAUUGGCUAGAAAGACACGUGGUCCACGAACCCACACUACCCACCCCCGCCACUCUAAAUCUCAAACCUUACAGUCUGCACCUCCGAGUUCUGGUGGAGUUGAUAUCGCUUCUCUGUUCUUUUGGAAUAUAUUUAAGCGCCCCCUCUUAACAAACAGUGUGCGCGCGGCCCUAUAGGCAUUUAUUCAAGUUAUAUAAGUUCGAAGUGGAUUUUUAAGAAGUUCGAAAAUUUAUUUAUUUAUACUGAAGGUGGAAAAAAAGUGUGUUGUUUUUACUUUUUUGUUUGUGAUAAAGCUGUGGAAAUCAUGGAAGUAUGUUUGAUAAUAUUUUUGGAGGAGUUAUGAAAGAAAGUUUUAAAUAUGGAGUUCGAUUUGAAUCUCUGAAUGGAUAUAACCGGGUAUAAAAAUUAUUCCGCGUUAUUUUGGCGUACAAUAUGAAGAAACGAAUGAAAUCACAAUCAUGAAACAAUAUUGCAGAAACCGUUUGCAGAAGAAUUUUAUUAAACAGCUAAAAUUUUAAACUUAAGAUUUAUAUUUUAUUCAAGAAAAAAAAAUAUAAGUAAAUAUUUUAAGUUGAUAUUUUAAGUGAUAAAAUCCAGAGUGCUGCCAUCUAAAUUGACCGCAACCGGAUGUACUUUGUCGACGAAGAGCUUUAAAAUGAGAUUGUAAGACGGGAAACAUGUUGAAACCCCGGCACAUCCUCAGGUGACGGCACACACACCUCUGGGAUCGCUCCAGAAAAUUCAAUACGUGUGUUCUAGAACAAAAUUCCUGAAGUCGUUCACCGAGUAUCAAAUACCCGACAGGUGGGCAGCGCGACAUGUCAGAAGUAUACGUAGACAUUGUCGACGCUCCAUCCUCGUCUUACGAUCUCGAAACUUGCACGACUCACGAGAACGACAUGGAUGAAGAUGCGGAUGACGAGGCGGAUAACGAUGACCGCGACUUGUACAGCGAUGGUGACGAUGAUGCGUUUAGGGAUGACAUAACCACCAUACCCCUCGAUUUGGAGGGAUCUAUUGUAGUGGGUGGUGCAGUCAUCCGCCGUGGUUCAAUUUGUAGUUGCAAUAGCAGCUCCAGUAGAAGUAGCUGUGAGACAUGCGACCACCACCGUCACCAUCACCAUUCAGAAAGCUGUACUUCUUCCACUAGAAGUACCAGGGGUUAUUCUCCCACUAGAGAUAGUUUUGGAUCUACUGAGGGAUUGGACGAAAGUCUUCCGUAUCCCACUUUCCGUCCCGUGACGUUGUUUUGCUUGUCACAGACGUCACAUCCUAGAGAUUGGUGUUUGAAAUUAGUGACUAAUCCGUGGUUCGAGCGCAUGUGCAUGAUGGUGAUACUGCUCAACUGUGUGACUCUGGGAAUGUAUAGGCCAUGCGCAGACGAGAUCUGUGACUCGAACCGCUGCAAAAUCCUUCAGUACUUCGAUGACGUCAUCUUUGGAUUCUUCGCUUUCGAGAUGCUAGUGAAGAUCACGGCCAUGGGAGCAUUGGGCAAAAAUGCCUACUUGGCUGAAACUUGGAACAGACUCGACUUUUUCAUUGUUGUCGCCGGAUCCCUGGAAUAUUGCCUGGAUGUGGGCAACAUCAAUCUGUCGGCAAUUCGGACAGUGAGAGUUCUACGACCUCUUCGAGCAAUCAACAGGAUACCAAGUAUGAGGAUAUUAGUGAUGCUCUUGCUGGACACACUCCCGAUGUUGGGUAAUGUCCUUCUUCUAUGUUUCUUUGUUUUCUUCAUCUUCGGCAUCGUGGGAGUACAGCUGUGGGCUGGCCUACUGCGUCAGAGGUGUUACAUCGAUCUCCCACCCAACACAUCCCUUCCCAAGUAUUUAUCUCCAAUUUACUACGAGAAAGUGAAAGUUCUUAAUCCAAUCUCCACCUAUUACCAGAGUCCUGAAGCAGACAAGGACUACAUCUGUAGUCUGGAGAAAGACAAUGGCGUCCAUCGCUGCCUUGAUCUUCCGCAUUCCAAGCAUGGCGGCAUGCUGUGCAACGCAUCUGCUGCCCCAUUCAGUGAUAAUACCCCCUACGAUGAAGAUUGUGUUAAUUGGAACCAGUAUUACACUAAUUGUCGCCCUGGUGACAGGAACCCUUUCCAGGGUGCCAUUUCUUUCGAUAACAUCGGAUUAGCUUGGGUAGCCAUAUUUUUGGUAAUUAGCUUAGAAGGCUGGACGGAUAUUAUGUAUUACGUGCAAGAUGCUCAUUCCUUUUGGGAUUUCACUUAUUUUGUUCUUCUCAUUGUAGUUGGUUCAUUUUUUAUGAUUAAUCUGUGUUUAGUUGUGAUCGCGACUCAAUUCUCAGAGACCAAAAAACGCGAAAUGGAGCGCAUGCGCAUCGAACGUGCACGGUUUCACUCUUCCAGCACGAUCGCCAGCACCAACGCUUCCGAACCAUCCGGUUGCUAUUCCCAACUGUUCAAAUACGUUGCCCACUUGGGUCGUCGAACUAGGAGAAAAUUCUUAAGGUUCUGCAGAAAGCACAAGCGGAAAAGGAACACCCCGGAAGGACAUCCCAGUUCCAUAACCCUGAGAAGGCGAUCUUCGAAGAAAAGAAAAUGGCAGCCCGGUCAGAGUUCCCUGAAAAACAAUGGUUCCAAAUCCACAACCGAUGACCUCAUAACCCUCCCCACAGCACCCAUAGAAGACAACACCCCAAUGGCACCUUUUGCGAGUCCAGAGAUUUCUGAUAUAGACCUAGUGGCCUCUCCUAGAGAACUUUCCAACCUAGAGGAGGGACUGCAACGCCGACACGAAGUCAAAGAUACCUUAGACAUACUAGCUAACCCUCUCAAAGUUGUUACAAAUAAACCUGAAGUACGAAAAAGAUCGACAUCCGAAAGUCGAACAUCUCAGCUAACCUGUGCCGAAUUAUUAGCUCUUGGUGCAACGCAAGGGGCUGUUUUAGCCGGAUUCGGAAACACUUUUGCUAUGCAGCGUAUCUACUCAAACCUUGAAAGAGGUGACAAACAUCUAUCGGCGCCUCAACUUCUGUUCUACAAUCCAGAGAGCAGCGGCGAGUCGAAGUUCCACACCACCGAAGAUUACUGGUCGGAGGAAGAAGAGUCGGAAGCUGACCUCAAUGACUGCGUAACAGGGAACAGGAGCAGGAGCGCCUUCUGCAAGUGGUGGAAUAAACAGCAGUCCCGGGUGAAGUUCCUCACCGACCAUAGAUACUUCCAAAGAGGCAUACUCACAGCCAUUCUUGUUAAUACUCUUAGUAUGGGCAUAGAGUACCACAACCAGCCCGAUGAAUUGACCCUCAUCGUGGAAAUCAGCAACGUCAUUUUCACAGCUGUCUUUUUUCUGGAGAUGAUCCUCAAAAUGUUUGCGGAAGGAUUUUGUUCCUACAUCAGCAGCGGAUUUAACGUUUUCGACAGUGUCAUCGUCGUCCUCAGUCUUGUAGAGCUAUGCCAAAGCAGUGGAAGUGGCCUGUCAGUUCUCCGAACUUUUCGACUACUAAGGAUAUUGAAAUUGGUCCGCUUCAUGCCUGCUCUUAGAAGGCAGCUAAUCAUCAUGCUGAGGACGGUGGACAAUGUGGCUGUCUUUUUCGCUCUUCUAAUACUCUUCAUAUUUAUUUUUAGUAUAUUAGGAAUGAAUUUAUUUGGUUGCAAAUUUUGCAAGAAGUUACCAGAUGGUGCUACACAAUGUGAUCGGAAAAACUUUGACUCCUUGCUUUGGGCAAUUGUUACAGUUUUUCAAAUAUUGACACAAGAGGACUGGAACGUGGUUCUGUUCAACGGAAUGGAGAAGACAUCUCAUUGGGCGGCCUUGUAUUUUGUAGCGUUGAUGACUUUUGGAAACUACGUCCUCUUCAACUUGUUGGUUGCCAUCCUAGUCGAAGGCUUCUCUGCUGAAGAUGAUAAAAAAUCAGAUGUUCGUUCGAGCUGCUCUUUGUGCGAGAAACAAGAUUGUGAGACGAGUACGGACAAGGAGAACGCGGACAACACAAAAUGGAUUUUGGAUGAGGACGAUCCCAAGGACAACAUCGAGAAAGAAAUCAAAAUGAAGGCCUUUCCUUAUGUUUUAACCGUUCUGAAGCAUCAGGAUCCUGUGAACGGUUCUGGUGUCGGGACCAACCUGGUGUUUCCAGCACCAGUCAUCACUCACACUGCAGCCACCCCUCAGGGUUCCCCUAACGCAACCCUGACUCUUCAGAGGGAUAUCAGCAACCGUCUCUGUCCGGAGAAGACGCUCAACAUUAGUAAUCCGUCCAUAAUCAGCGUCGAUAAGACUCCUUCUCCUCAGUCUUUAUCUCCGGAAGUGAACGGUUUGCCGGUAUUCCAGGUGGCUUCCCUAAACAUUCCAUCUAUUCAUUUAUCUGCCGGAAGUCCGCAAAACAGCCGCCGGAGCAGCGUUAUUGUGGCACUCUCUAGGCAAUCCAGCAUCAUCUCCAACAUCAGCAGAAAGAACUCUUUGGGACCUUGCUUCAGUCUUCAAACGAAAGGAAGCUUCAACGGUUGGAAGAACCACAAACGGAAGAAAAGUGAGAACGAAAGUUCAGAGAAUGGUUCCGGUUCCGAAGAUGUUGUUCUCAACAAUAUGACAAACUCUCACUCUUCUUGCAAUAACAAUGGAGAACACGCCCAUUGCAAUGGAAGCAUCCCUACUCUUCAGAACACCCCGAAUAACAAGCGCCCUCUCCUCAUUCAGAACAACAACAGCCCAAAAGUUCUCAGCCCCCAAAACUCCAUCAAGAGUGUCUCGCUGUCUCAUUAUCAACGAGACAACGGUGCCGCCACUCCUGUACCAAACAGCGAACAGCCACACGCACCCUGUAGUCGCCAAAUGUCUCUUAAUAGCAGCAUACAAAGCCAAAACACUCUGAGCCCAUCCAACACAUAUUAUUUGGCGAGUAGGCAGACUUCCAUAUCUGGUGCUUCUUUCAAGGAUGAUUUCAAGCCAAAUAAUUUGGAAGAAGCUCAGAACAAAGUGGAGAAUUGUAGAACGUCAUCAGUUUGUGAGCUUCCACCAAAGCAAAUCAAUCUUUACGGGGCGAUAAGGCACAGAACACCGAGGUUUGUUUCAUAUUGCCCCCACAGAAGGGGAAAAGAAGGAAACAAUCAAGAUUAUAGUUCGGACACUGAGGAUUUCAAGAUUUUUAAAGAUUGCUAUCACAAGCUUUGUUGGUUCAUUGAGCCUAAAGGAUGGAUUAAAGAGCGAGAAGACUAUUCACUUUUUCUGUUCUCAAAGUCCCAUUGUGUGCGGCGUGUGUGUACGAAGAUAGCUACCAACAAAUGGUUUGAUUACGCCAUCUUAGUUUUCAUCGCAUCAAACUGUGUCACCCUCGCCAUGGAAAGACCCACCAUACCUCCCAACAGUUACGAGAGGUUAUUCCUCACCUCUGCCAACUACAUCUUCACCAUUGUCUUCACCUUCGAGAUGGCCGUCAAAGUUCUCGCCAAAGGACUGUGGUAUGGACCAAAUGCUUAUUUCAAGAGUGGUUGGAACGUUAUGGAUGGUUUUGUGGUGGGAAUAUCCCUGGUGGACCUCCUUCUUUCUGUGGUUGCCGAAAGUAGUCCCAGAAUUUUCGGCAUUCUUCGAGUUUUCCGACUACUGAGGUCUUUACGACCUCUCAGGGUGAUUAAUCGCGCUCCAGGCUUAAAACUUGUUGUACAGACUCUACUAUCAUCACUUAGACCUAUAGGAAACAUCGUUCUCAUCUGUUGUACAUUUUUCAUCAUUUUUGGUAUUUUAGGUGUACAGCUAUUCAAGGGUAGCAUGUUCUACUGCGAGGGUCCAGCAGCUUCUAAAGUUCGUAACAAGUCUGAAUGCCUUGAGGAUUCUAGAAAUUUGUGGCUUAACAGAAAGUACAACUUUGAUAAUUUGGGGCAGGCACUCAUGUCAUUGUUUGUUCUUUCGUCUAAAGAUGGAUGGGUCAAUAUAAUGUAUACAGGCUUAGACGCUGUUGGAGUUGAUCAACAACCAAUAGAGAAUUACAACGAAUGGAGAUUGCUGUAUUUUAUAUCCUUUUUGCUUUUGGUGGCCUUUUUUGUACUAAAUAUGUUCGUUGGCGUUGUUGUGGAGAAUUUUCAUCGCUGUAGAGAGCAGCAAGAAAGAGAGGAGAAGGCUCGAAGAGCUGCCAAAAGAGCCAAAAAGAUGGACAAAAAGCGCCGAAAGAUGAGACAGCCACCCUAUUACAUUAAUUACUCCAAGCCCCGCCUCUUCAUUCAUAAAAUCAUAACAAGCAAAUACUUCGACCUAGCUAUAGCUGCUGUCAUAGGGCUAAACAUCGUCACCAUGGCCAUGGAAUUUUACAUGAUGCCUAAGAAACUCGAGUAUGCCUUAAAAGUAUUCAACUACUUCUUCACAGCCGUCUUCAUCGUUGAAGCGUGUAUGAAGAUAGUAGCUCUUGGUUUACUCAAAUACUUGAAAAACAAGUGGAAUCAAUUAGACAUAAUGAUCGUAGGUCUGUCUAUCGCCGGAAUUGUUCUGGAGAAGAUGGAAUCUGAUCUCAUCCCCAUCAAUCCCACAAUCAUCAGAGUCUUUCGUGUUCUGAGGAUUGCCAGAGUCUUAAAGUUGCUGAAGAUGGCCAAAGGUAUUCGAGCGCUUUUGGAUACUGUCAUGCAAGCACUGCCCCAGGUGGGCAACCUGGGAUUGCUAUUCUUCUUACUCUUUUUCAUCUUUGCUGCACUUGGAGUCGAGCUUUUUGGAAAACUAGAAUGCACUGAAGAUUUGCCCUGUGAAGGUUUGGGAGAACAUGCACAUUUCAAAGAUUUUGGAAUGGCAUUUCUAACUCUUUUUCGUGUUGCCACAGGGGAUAACUGGAAUGGAAUCAUGAAAGACACGUUGCGUGACAACUGCGACAACUCGAGCGAAUGCAUACGCAACUGCUGCAUCUCACCAGUAAUUGCACCCUUGUAUUUCGUCAUCUUCGUCCUCAUGGCUCAGUUCGUUCUCGUGAAUGUGGUUGUUGCAGUGCUCAUGAAACACCUCGAAGAGAGCCACAAGCAAAUGGACGACGAUAUCGAGAUGGACGCUGAACUGGAGAGAGAGCUCGCAGAAGAAGUUCAGCAACAGAAACUUGCUCAGUUGGGAGAGCAGCUCAAGCAGUCAGCGGAAGCGUGCAAGAAAAUGAAGAGGACUCGAUCGAAAAGUGCAUCCCAUAAGCCUCUGGUUAAAAUGGCUUCCCUUCCACCAAAUUUUGUCUUUCCAUUUCAAGCUGGAGAAGAAAGAAGUUUCCGACGGGCGUCCUUGAACUUACAGACCUGUAGAAGCACAACAGAUUGUGCCUUCAUCAACAGAGACUAUCUCCCCCCUCUUGUGCCAGGCUUUUCCAUGCACCCGCCAACAUCGCCAACAGUCACCAAUGUGAACAUCAGGCAGGCAUCCCCUGAUGAAACAGACAGCAAAGUGUCGGUGGCCAACUUGAGCCCCGUGCCCCUCCGAUCCUCUUUUGGCUCCACCCUCAACGUUCCUACACAGGUGCCAACUCUGGAGGACAAGAGGAGGAGCGUGGACUCCAGGGCACCCCCUCUGGACGACUGGACAUGCGUGUUUGCAUCUCUCAACACGGACAGAGUUCAUUUAUUACCAGUGCUUCAAAAUGACGCCUUCCCUAGUGCCAGCGCUCUCAUAGAGUCCUUAGGUACCAGACGAUGCUCAAACUCUUUUGUUCCAAACAAGAUGAAUCCUGGUGAAGACUCUUCCAUUGAAAAGAACCAAUCAAAAGAGAUUAAUGAUGCGUCUCGAAAUGCUAAAACUUCCCUGUCUUCUUCUACGCUUGGUGCCGAAUAUUUUCACAGUGAUGAAUCACCUUUAAUUAUGAAUCGCAUUCGAAGGAAACUUUCCCACAUAGCGACUGAUUCAUCACCGACUAGUCAUUCGGAUCGCCCGAAUGAUAGCAGUCUGACAACAGACUCAACUUCACUUGAGCUGACGUUUAUUUAGCCAUUUUUGAACUAUUCGAGUUUCUUUAUUUAUUGACAGCAGGCUGUUCACUUCAAAGACAAUAUGAGUGUUGCCAAUUAUAAUUUUUUUCGUUUAAUCAGUUCUCACAUUUAAUUACAAUGAAUGAAUGCGGAGUAUAAAAGUACCGACUAAAACUUCACUAAUAUUGUAAAUAUAGGAAAUAUUUAAUAUAAUAUGGAGUUAUUCACCACGUUAAUUUCAUUGGGCUAAGAUGGAUAAGAACUUAGAUAGCAAAAUUUAUAACAAAAAUAAAGCUUAUUCAAAUAACUAAAAAAAAAAAAUUUCAUAAUUGUUGAUGCUAUUUAAUAGGUUAACCCUAGAUUCAUGGGUCAUAAUUAAUUUAAUGCGGUUGAUAUUUUUUGAUAAUGCAUCAACUCUGUUCAUACUUUUCUAAUAUGUCUCGAAAUUAAUCUUUAAUUGCAAAUCUCAUAGCAAUUGUGCAAUACCUAAAUCCCAGUGAGAUUAGAGGCCUUUGCAAAAAGGAACGGCUAGCUUUGAAAAUAAGUUCAUUUCGAUAUUGGGGCUAUCCCGUCAAGUCUAUUUUAUUACAAUAAAUAUUUUAAUAAACUUUUAGAUUUCAUGCGCUACCAUCUAUCAACAGCUUUUGCAAAAAGCUUUUGAAUAAAUGUUUGUCAUGGAUCAAGAAGAGGUUGCUUGCACUUCAAGAAGAAGAUCACAGAUAUCCACAGAUGUGACCGAUGACGUUAGCACCAGCUGAUCGUUUAUAAGCAAAAUGGUGCAUUAAAGUUGAGCUAAGUUUCUUCACAUGAGUUAGAAUGUUAAUUAACGGGAAGAUAAUGAAAUACAGCACCAUAUCGCACAUCGAAUUUGUCGAAAUAUAAUUAUAUUUCGUAUAAGUCUUUUACUUGACUUAGAUUUAUUAUUUGCUUAUACAUUUUAUUAUAACAGUGACAUGUUUUCAUUUCGUGAUCCUGGCAACUUCGAUGAAUUAUAAGUUUGUUUAUGUACUACGUUGGCUUCAUCUUCGUGUUAAAUACGAAAUAAAUGGUGAAAAAAUUGAAAUCUUUAUAAAAGAAUAUAGAAUGUACUUAAGACUUAUUACUUAAAAUUUAUUACUUAUACUUAAGAGAAUUAGUAUUUGACAGACUCGGCUUACUCGAAAUGGAGUGGAAAGAAGAGUUACUGACGCAAACAAAUGCCACAUUUUAACAACCAAUCAGGAUCGAGAUAAACUACGUCCCUUGCAGGUAUCCCAUUAAAGUAUCAAAAGGGGAGCAUAAUUAUGCGGAAAUAAGGAGAAAGAGUAAAUUUAAACUUGUUUAAAUUAACAGAAAAACAAGAGACUUAUAACGUUUCGCAAAAGUACUGCAAUUUUAAAUAAGAAUUAUGAACAGUAACUGACCUUUCAAAGUUGAUAAUUAUUUCAACGAAAAUCAUUGAAACUGUGGUAUAGUUCCGUACCGAUACCUAUUCACGCCAACUAGUAACACCAAAGCACCAAAGGGUUCUUUUACACUCAAAGAUUUAAAAUAAAAAUAUGCAUUGUUUUGCCCGGAGUAGAUACGAGUUAUACCUUUCGAGUUGGUCGCCUUCUGUGAUUUUUUUCUAAGUAUAUCUCGCUUGGCAUUGCUCUGAUGUCGCCAAAGUUUGGUGAUUUCUUGGCGAGAGUAAAGAAACGAAAAUCUUCCCUUGAUUUCAUACAUUUUUGGUUGUCACAUUUAAUCUAAUCAUAAUUUCUUUCAUUUUCAAACAAAAUUUUUUUACUCUUAUCAACUCAUUGUAAAUUGUGAGCUCAACCAUUUAAAACUGUUUACACACAUUUAAUUUCAGAUAUAUAUUUUGAAAUAUAUAUUGUUCAUAAACACAAUUAUUGAAAAAUGUUAAUUUGAAAAGCAUUUUGAAUUAUUAAAGUCUGAUAAUGGUGAAAGAGUUAAGCAUGUUUAAUGUGCUUCGGUCGUUUUAAUUUACAGAAAUUUUUUUUUAACUCAAUUAAUGAAGAUUGACCGCACUCGUACUUAAGGCUCAAUACUCUAAGUAUGAAAGAAGUUAACUCUAAAGUGUGAUACGUUUUAAUGAAUGGUUUGAACUUAACUUUUCUACUAAAACACUCAAUUGAUAAAAUUUAUGUAUACGGAUAUGAACAGCCUGCUCUCUAGAUAUUAGCAAAACAAAGUUUGAGAUGUUGCCAAAAAAAAAAUACUAAAGUGGCCGAAAGCUUUUUUUCUUAAGCUGGUCUCUUCGAGCUUUUUUCAUUCUCUUAUAGUGUAUAAACAAAUGAUCGAAUGUAAGAUAUAUUUUAUCGUUCUUUUUUCUAAAUUAUUGUUAUCGUCUGCUAUUUGAAAGAAAAGAAAAACCUAAGCAGUAUUUUGGAAACAAAGAUUUAAGAAAAAAAAAGGAGUUGAUCUUUUAUUUUGUUAUUUACAUUCAUAAAGAGUGAAGAUUUUUUAUAUCAUCUGAAUUAUCACUAUGUACAGUUUAUAGCAUUCCUGUAUAUUGUUCCCAUAAUAAAGAGAGGAAAUAAAGAUGUUUGAAAGAUUGUGAACUACAAAAAAAGAACUUUUUUAAUAAAUAUUCUCUAGUGUUA